CCGAAGGCUCCGCGGAUGGCCUCAGUCGCGCAUGGUUCGUGCACCCCGUUAUGCACUCUAUCAGGUUAUGUCUACUGGAGGCAGAACCGAGGCUCCCAGACACUGCUCGACGGGUGGCUCUCCUUUUCAUCACCUUCUGACGGGCAUUCGACGCCCGUAUCGUUUUCCCAACUCGACUGCUUUCAGACUCAGGGCCACAGGAGCGUUUGA